AUGAAGAAGAAGUUUGAAGGGAGUGCUAGGGUCAAGAGGUCACAUCUACAAGCUCUCCGCAGAGAGUUUGAAAUCCUAGAGAUGAAGACUGGAGAAGGAGUCUCUGAGUAUUUUUCGAGAGUGUUGUUAGUGGCCAACGAGAUGAGAACAUAUGGGGAACAGAUGCAAGAUGUCACAGUGGUGGAGAAAAUUCUCAGAUCAUUGAGUGAGAAGUUCAAUUAUGUUGUUUGCUCGAUUGAGGAGUCCAAAGGCAUCGAUCAACUCUCCAUUAAUGAGCUACAGAGUUCUCUGAUUGUUCAUGAACAAAAAUUCCAGCGACAUACAGGAGAAGAACAAGCACUCAAGAUCAGUUAUGAAGACAAAUUUGGUGCAAGAGGACGGGGUCGAGGUGUGUACAAAUGCAGAGGAAGAUGGAGAUGCCAACCUUACAACAAAGCAACAGUGGAAUGCUUUAAAUGCCAUAAGCUUGGACACUUUCAAUCUGAUUGUCCAAGCUGGGAUAAGGAAGCCAACUAUGCUGAACUAGGGGAAGAAGAAGAGUGUUGCUCAUGUAAUAUGUGGAGAUGA